AUGAACGAGACAGAUGCAUUGCUCAGGGAGAUCAGAAUAGAUUGGGAAACCCUCAUUACCGAGGACUUCAAUCCUCUGAAGCAGGCACUGAAGAACAGAAACAGCUCUGUGGAGGCCUCGAACUUCAGGAAUCUUUUCCACAAAGUAGAGAAAGUGAUGGAAGGAAUCAUAGAAAAAAAUUACAAAGGUUUCAGUGAUUCUGUUCUUUCAUACAUGGAAUCCUAUCGCCUCAAUAGGAGAUGCCACGAUAGUAUCCAGGAGAUAUUCCGAGCUACAAAAGAACUUUCUGAGAUGAAGAUAGAAGUGAAGGAUAUGAUCAAGGAAUAUGAUGAUGUAAAGGUUUUCAAGGCCAAAGAAAAGAUUUGUCUUGCACUUCUCGAAAUCAGAAGGAAUUUUGAUGAGUUCUGUGUGAUUAGAGAUGGAAUUCAAAACGAUAUGAAGAGAAAUGUGGAAAUACGCCAGAUGAGUUCUAAGCUUCUUAAGGCAUCAAAGAGAAUUAGAGCUAUAUAUGAUUUGAUAGACGAGAACGGCCUGGCAGAUAUGGAGUGUGUAAAAAGAUUUAGAAGCGAGGUAAGUUCUGAGGCUGGUGACAUAAUGAAAUUGAUUUAUAGCAGAAUCAACAGAUUUACUUUUUACAAUGAAUGCGAGUAUCAAGAUGACUUCAGAUGUGUUGUAAUCUUGAAUGGAUUACAGAGCCUCGAGAAGUAUCAGAUUGAUAAUCUUGAGAGAGAAUAUUUCAAAGUAGUUGAAUCGGUGAUCGAAGAGGUAGAGAGGAGCAAGGAGGAGAAUCAAGCAGAAAUGCUAGCAAAAAUGGUUAUGGGAAGGACCAGGACGAUUAUUCGAAACUUCAAGACAUUGUUUGAAAUGGCUGAUGCUUCUUUUGAUGGCCUUUGUGAGAAAUCUAAGAACUUCUUUGAGGAAGAGGAACCUCCGUUUAGGAUUUAUAGCCCAAAAUGCCAGGAAACAGUUGAAGCAGCAGUAAACAAAACCAUUCGGAGGUUUGUUAUGAGGUAUAUAGAGGAUCCUGGGAAGCGAUGCUAUGAGGAGAUGUUCCAGGCCGAAAACUUUGUAGAUGAUAUCGACUAUAGCUCUGUAUUUGAAAGCAAGUAUCUUAUUCAUGAGAAGAUGACCAGACCAACACAAUUUCAGACUGGAUUCUCUGGAAGCUUUACAAAAAUUCUUUCUUCAGGGAUAGAGUUAGUUAUUUAUAUGGAAAAGUAUGCUAUUAAUAACGGGAUGAAGAAAUAUCUGAGGAAGAUCCUGGACGAAAGAUAUAUAAAAGAGAAGGAAAACCAGAUUGAAAAACAAAUCAUUUGUCUACUAAACGGCGAGGAAUGGCACAGAAACGAUUACUUAAACCGAAGACUGUCGUUCUAUUCAAGGUACAAGAAUCUUGUGGAGGACUUUUCUUCCCAUCCUGAGCUUUGUAAUAUUUUCCUAAUCUCAGAGUUUUUAGACGGCUUCUUUGAGAAGAAGUUUGAUACAUAUUUCAGAGGUAUGUUUAAAUCGGAUAUAAUUAAGGAUUGCCUUUCUAAUAACCAUACUGAGGAGGGGGCGAUGAUCACCUUCAAGAAUUCUCUGUUAACGAGGGAUAUGGACAGAAGUUCUUUGUUUUUCCAAAAGCAGUGCUACGAAAACAUGUUUUUUUCUCUGGAGACACUCAGGGACAUUGGCAAGCCUAUCAAAGGCAGGAGAUUAGAGUCCCUCCAUUCCUCUGCAUUGAUAAGAUCAAAAUUUCAGGUUGCUCUGGAGAUAUUGUACUUUUUUGAUUUGUUCUAUCGUGAAGGAAAUUAUACCAACAAGAACGACUAUUAUUUGCACAAGAUAUUAGGUGUUGUAGAAGAUAUCUAUGGUUCGGCAUCUUAUUUGGAUGUUCAAUGCGAAUAUUUUGGGUUUGUAUUUGAAUGUUUGAACUUUUACAUACAAAACAAUGUAGCAAGGCUAAAUGUCAGAUCUGUUGAGGAGUUGAAGUGCUUCCUCGAAAAGAUAAAGCUUCUGGACGAGAUCCUAGGAUUUAUCAACGAGGAGGAUAGUUUGAAGGAGGCUGUUAAAUUUAUUGAAGAUACCAUUGAUGGGUGCUUUACCAACGAAAACGGAAGGAAGCUAAGCAAUAAACUUCUCGGGAAGUAA